CCGGGAAUGCCCUGGUUCUCCUACAUAGCUACCCCCAUAGCCACGGGACUGCGUCUCCCGGCAGUACAGAACGCGAUCACAUCGGACAUGUGCAUCCCCAUCUAUCCUAACGAAGAGCAUCCCACUGGACGUGCUCCUCUCUGCACCAUCCCCGAGUUCCCGUUCUCGAACAGCUACCACUGGAUCCAGCUGGGUAUGGACGUCCGUGUGCGGGCGAAGCCUGGAGACGAGGUCUUCGACGCCACCCGCGCAAUCUAA